UGCCGCAACACUACGCCUGCCCUGAGGUUUGACUUAACUUUACAUACGUUACCGGUAUUUAUGCACUUUUUACGCCGAUAUGGAUGCUCUAAAGUGGGCUGGGAGAGCCAUUAUUCGGAGACCCAGUUUGGUUAAACAAUCCUGGACUGCCGGAAGACACAGAAAGCUUCCGGAGAACUGGGCCGACACAUGGGGAGCCAUCCUAGAGGGGAUGACCUUUAACCUCCAUCACAUUGGCAUGACCUUGGUGGACCAGCCCCAGGGGGAAGACCUAGCAGCAGCGGCUAUAAAGAGGAUUAUUGCCACGGCUAAAGCCAGUGGGAAGAAGGCUGAGAAAGUCGCUCUUAAAGUCUCCCUUCAAGGCAUCACUUUCUACGACAUCGCCACCAAUAGAUGCAUGGAAAAUAUCUCCAUCUACAAGAUAUCCUUCUGCACAGUGGACAAAGUGCACGACAGAGUGUUUGCAUUUAUCGCUGAGAGCACUCUCAAUGGGACGGUGGCGUGCCACGCCUACCUGUGCUCCACGAGGAAAGUGAAGCAAGAAGGCAAGUCGAGCCUAGUUGAGGUGGAGAGGUCAGCAGUAAUUCCAACAUGGACAUUCUUAAAGAUGUUACCCCUGACAACCUGCUGGACUUUGAGGGCAAUGUGACGAGUGGAGCGGAGACCAAUAGCAACGUUGAUCAGCUGGACAACCAGAGCACAUCUGAGAGUAUUAAUAACCUCGCCUGGACUGGCCAUGUCGCGUUCUAACUCCCAGAUCCUGGACGCUGGGGUGACUCCCCAAGACUGGCUGACUGAACCCGACUGGGACGGCGCUGAUGGAAACACCCUCACCUGCCGCUUCAGCUCCUGACCACCCUGACGCAUCAAAAAGAGGCAAGUUUCACGAAUGCAGGGUGACUUUGCGGGGUUUUACUGUCUAUUUCGGAGUCCCAACGGCAGAUUUGUGGACACAAACAUAGACAGAUGGCCUUAAAACACCAAAGCAAUAAUACAAUUAAUAAUAAUAAUAAUAAUAAUAAUAACAAUACAUUUUGUCUUUGUCUUUCGUUGCUGCAAACAUCCAUAACACAUUUAUUGUUUAUUCGUUGUCAGUUAACAUACUUCACUUUGAUCAGAUCAUUUAAGAUAGAUCUCUAAAUUUAAAAUAAAUUGAUUAGGUUGGUUUAUUUUGGAAUUGAUUUAUAUUUUAAUAAUAAUAACAAUAAUAAUGGAUUCGAUUUUAUAACCCUUUUCAAGGCACCCAAAGCGCUUCACAUUGAAGUGAACCCAUUAUUCAUUCACUCCUCAGUCACACACUGGUGGUGGUAAACUAUAUCUGUAGUCACAGCUGCCCUGGGGUAGUCUGAUGGAAAUGUGGCUGCCAACUCCUACGGCCUCUCCGACCACCACCAAACAUUCAUUCACAUUCAUACACCAGUGUGGGCAGCGCUGGAGGCAAGGUGGGUGAAGUGUCUUGCCCAGGGACACAACGACGGUGACUGGGUGGAGGGAGGAUUGAAACGCUAACCUUCCGGUAUUUAUGUAAUCCUUGUAUCAUGAACCUUGACCCAAAUUACUGGCUAAUUCAAUAAUAUUGUGAUAUAAUUUGUAUUACAUAAUUAUAAUAAUAAAACAGUCAUUUAAAUGUAGCUUUUUUCCGCCAGUAUUAACGCUAAAAUUUUAAAAAACAGUGUUGUUAAAUGCUAUUUUUACAUCAACAUGUUCCAUGCAUUUUGUAAUUUCAGCACAAAAACUAUUUGUAGUAAACAAAUUUACUAUUUUAUUCUUAUUUUUUACAUUAAUUUGAAGAAAAAAAAGCUCAACCUCCAGAAGUGGGUAUAAAAUGUAUAAAUUUGACCCAGCAUUAAUAACAUUUUUGGGGAUUUAACUCAUUUCAACACACAAAAAAGUGGGUCCAACAUUGAUUUAUUUUUUGGUAUUUUUGUUUUAAUUAUUGAACUAAGAAAUUAUUUAAAAUAUUACAUUGAUAUAUUUUUUAAAUAAAAUUCAAUUGUUGCCCUUUUUGCACAUAUUUUAUUAAUAAUGAUACAGGCCUAAAGGUCAACCCAAUAACUUAUCUUAUCAAUUAAAUGAAUACAUGUAUACAAAAAAAGGAGCAGCUGGGUUUCUACUGCUAUCUUCUAUUACUGAGUUCCGUAUUCUCAAUGAUUUAUGCCAUCUGCAUCAUCUGCAUUGGGAAAGAUGAAAUGAAAGAGGGUGCUCCAUGUAACCAGCAGGUGGCAGUAUUGUACCAGCCUCACCCAUGAGGGUCCAACAGUGAAGUUGGGUUGGGUUACAAAUUACUUUUCUGAUGCUGAGCACACCUUCAGAUAUGUUCUGUCUAUUGUCUUACAGCGUCAGCUGGCUUCCAUGCUCCAAAUUCAAAUUGAGAGGAGAAAAAAGUAUUCUUUUGACCAAUACUAUAUGCUAUAGUGACUUCUGUACGCACACGUUUUCCUUCCACGUUCUGCACGCGACCCUGUGACGUUGAAAGUCAUGCGCUCCCUCCGUCGUACCGUCUGAGGCUCAGCCAAUCAGUUUCUAUCUGAACAGCGAGUCCCACCCUGCUUACUUAACCACCUGCAUUAUUUAACAGUCUUUCCUCACGCUUGGAUGGAAGCAUGCGGACAGGCUGAGAAAGUGCACUCUCUCAGUCAGAGAAUGGACAAUCACUUACUCUGCAAUGGCUACAAGGUUGCGACGCCUCAACGGUCGAGUGAGAAAGAUGUUUAAAAAUGAUACUGGAGGGGGGGAAAAAAACCUACAAUUUUUGCGUUUAUGGGUUGCAAGGCAACCGGAAAAAACAACAGUUGCAUUAUGUGUACAUAAAGGCCUCGGAAAUGUAAUGAUAACCAAUGCAAGAAGUGAAAAAUGCAUGACCACCAUGUACUGUAUCCCACUGGGCAUCCAGUUGAAAUGUAUUUGCUAACAUAUGGAGUAAGUGUGCACCAGAAAUAACCCCAAAGUGCAGAAUCGCACUUUGCAAGGGGCAAAAACUGUACAGUAAAUUUUAGCAGCCUUGUUCCCCGUCACUGCUUGGUCAAAGAUGCCUCUUCAAUGAAGCUAUUAGAUGGGAAGUGAUGCCAGCCUGCUUGGCCAAGUGGCGCAAGUCCAAAGCUGAAGUGUUUCCCCCGAGCAACCUCAUGGAAAAGACAACUAUUUUACAUUUGUCAGAAGGAUAAGCAAGGGGAAGUGUGUCUCAAAGACAACAAAACUCGGAGGAAUGACAAGAAUAAAAGCAUGGGACCGGUCUAUGUGCUGGAUUACUGGGAAUGGUUAUGCAAUGAAUGGCUGUGUGCGUGGGGAAAAGCUAAAAAGUCUUUAUAGGGAUCAUUUCAAAGGUCACUUGUACAAUAAUAGCUCACAUAUUAGAGGCCUCCACUCUAAUUGACACAAUGCCUUAAUUGAUCGUCCACUUAAAUUAUAUCUUCAAUUAUACAGAAUUAUUCGUAAGUCUCCACGACUAUGAAUAGCCAUGAGUCCUCCUCUCAAAUAAACACCUCAUGUUUUGCCUUUAGAAAAAAAAAAAAAGAGGGGCGCCACUAGGUAGCUGUUAUUUUCUUUACUAGAGAUAUAUUUCUAAGCGCUACAGUUUGAGAAUACAGUGAAAAUAAAGGCUGCCUCUCAAAUAAACGCCUGCUUUUUUCCAACCCAGAGAAAAGCGGUGCAAUUAGUUAGCUGUUAUUACCUUGACAAUUAAUAGCCAUGUUUCCAGUAAGCGCUGCUUUUUGACAGAGUACAAAUAAAGGCCUCCUGUUGAAUAAACGCCUCCUUUUUCCCCCUCAGGAAAAAAACACAAAUCUGUGUGCCGAUAAGUAGAUGUACUGUAAUUACGUUUAAGAUAGCAACACUUCUAGUUGGCACUACAGCUGGUGGCAGUACAGGACAAAUAAAGGCCUCCCAUCCAAUGGACGCCUCCUUCAAAUAAACACCUUUUUUCCUCCUCAGGAAACAACAAGACACUUGUUAGCUUUACUGAUCAUUACUAUAGAAACUUUUCCAAUAAGUACUACAGUUGAUGGCAAAGUACAAAUAAAGGCCUCCCCUCCAAUGGAAGCCUCCUUCAAAUAAACACUCUGCAGGUGAGUCAUUUGAAAAAGACAUCUGUUUUAACGUCUGCUUCCUUCCAUGUCUGUAAUUUCCCAGUGCACAUCAAAAUAAACACAAAUGGGCAAAAAUUGAGCACUGAAAAUAUUUAUUUCUUAAUAAUACAUAUAUUACAUAACACAUACUUGGGCAGCCCCUAAUUGUGUUUUUUAAAAAAAGAAUUUGGCACUGACAGAAGAUAAUAUGCGGUUUUACAACCAACCGAUGCAGUAUUUUGUGAAAUGCCAACCUCUCCAGGUGUCAGUCCAAAGGGUGCGCUACUACCUUUGUAAAGACAGGACUGGGAUGACCACUCUGAGCUAAAAUCAAAUCCAAAGGGUGCGUGUGGGCUGAGGCCAAAUGAGGCAGAAAAGCGCUGCCGUGGGGGCCCAGAGAAAGACGGCUAAUGGGAGUCUGAGGGCGUCUGUAAUGAGAAACACGGGAGAGGGGGAGCAGAAACGGAGGGUAAGGGUGGUAAAUGGGAGCACAAAGGUGGGCGAGUGUGGAAGGAGAUAGCGCAGGGAAGGAAAACGGAGGGUUUGAGGGCAGAACACAAGAUAAAAGAGUAACUGACUCCCUCGGCACACGUGCAGCGUUUCCACAUUCAAUUCAAUCCUGCCUGUGUUAUUGUUUCAGUUUGGCCACUGUAUUAAUGUAACAGUAUGCUUAUGUUGAGCAUUUUCCACCAUGGACAAGGCCAAAGGAUGCAUUGGAUCGCAGGCAGGUGUACCUAAUAAUGUGGCCAAUCAGUGUAUUUAACAUAAUACACCCCACAGCAAACUACAAUAUUACAAAUAUUACUUAUUGUGGCAUGUAAGUAGGGGGGGUAGAUAAAUGUUGAUUGUUUUUCAACCUACUGUCAAUACAGAACUUUCUUUUUUUUUUUUUUUUUGCAUUGAAGUGAAUAUUAUUUGGUAUAGUGUGGAUUUUUUUCUUUCACAGCACAAAUGAAAUAAUACAGUAAU